AUGACAUUGUGUUAUUUAGAAAUUACGAAUAACUCGAUAAUAAAUCGAUCGACAAGAAACAAUGAUCAACCUUUACUCCUUGAGAUGGAAGGAGUGGAGGAAAAUUUAGAAGAACAUAGUCAGCCUAUGAAUCCAGAAGAAACCCAUGAGGUUAUUGCUGAUGAUAUAGAUUAUCCAGACAAUUUUUCAGAUAGUUCUGAAGAAUUCAAUAAUGCUGAACAGGUUGAAAACAAUAAUGAUCGAAGUGCAAUGAAUCUUGACAGUGAUAGCGAAGAUAAUAACGACGAUAAUAGUGACAGUGACUCUAAUGAUGAAAGUAGUUCAAACAAACCUUUUUUUAGUGUCAAUAAAUCAUUAUUUACCUUUCCAUUUGUUUCUAAAUCUACUUUUAAUGAAAAUGAUCACUUGUUGGCUAUAAUUGCAAUAUCUAUGCGCAAUAACCUUUCCUUUGAAGCGACAUUGUCCAUGCUUACUUGGAUGAAAUUAACUCAUAGUAAUAAUAACCUUCCGACAACUAAAAAAGCUCUAUGGAAAGCAUUACAUCGUGAUGAAUCAUUGAUUACCCGUCAUCUUUAUUGCGGUAUCUGUAAAGAAAAUCUUGGAACAGGGACAACGCCAUAUAAAAAUUGUAGUUGCGAAUCAUGUGGUCCAAAUAAAAAAUCAGAAAAUGUCCAUUAUUUUCUUCAGCUAAACUUAAGUAGCCAAUUAUCUGGUAUAUUUAAAAUUCCAGGUAUUGAGAAGUCAUUGAGUUAUCGAUUUACGAGAGAAAAAAAAGAUUCAUCAGCUGUGGAAGACAUCUUUGAUGGACAAGUAUAUAAAAAUUUGAGUUCAUUUGGCAAUUUCUUGAGCAAUCCAUCAAAUUAUUCGUUCACAAUCAAUACAGAUGGUUGUCAAGUAGCAAAAUCGUCAAAAGCUAGCGCAUGGCCUAUUUACUUUCAGAUUAAUGAAUUAUCACCACAUCUACGUAAGAAGCACAUGCUUUUGGCAGGAGUUUUUGUAGAUACAUGUCAUCCAUCUUUAAACCUCAUGUUAGAUCCAAUAGUGAAGGAAUUACAAGAAUUGCACAAAACUGGAAUUGCUUGGAAAACUUCCGAAGGACAACAAAUUUUAUCAAAAUUUGCUGUUAUAACUUGUACUGUUGAUUCUCCAGCAAGAUCUCUUAUUAUGAAAAUGAAGCAGUUUAAUGGCUACAACGGAUGUUCGUUUUGUUACGCAGCAGGAGAAUAUCAUGGACAUAAAAUCGUAUAUCCAAGAAGUCAUAGUUAUGGAAAUUUGCGCACUGAUGAAGAAAUAAGAAGUGAUAUGCUCAUUGCUUACGAAUCCAAAACAGUAACUAAUGGUAUAAAGGGAAUUUCUGCUUUAGCUGCUUUUCCAGAAUUUGAUUUAAGUAAUGGACUUGCUGUUGACAGUUUACAUGCAGUUUUUUUGGGAGCUGGACGACAACACUCAAAUUUAUUUUUUACAGCUACAGAUACUCCAUAUUACAUUGGUGAUCCAACUAGUCAGGAAAGAAUUAAUAAUCGCUUAUUAUCUAUAAGACCUCCAUCACGUCGAAGUCGUUUACCACGAAAAUUAGAAACAUUUAAUAAUUGGAAAGGCUCAGAAUUAAGAAACUGGUUGGAUUACGCUGCACCGUGUUUGGAUGGUAUAUUAGACAUUAAAUAUAUCAAACAUUUUACUCUCCUGUGUGAAGCUGUGCACAUUUUCAAUAAAGAUUCUAUAUCAAGAACUGAUCUUGAGCAUGCUGGAAAUCUUAUAGAACAAUAUGUCACACAGUUUGAAGAAUUAUAUGGGUUAGAUCAAAUGAGUUAUAAUAAUCAUUUAUUAACUCACUUGGCGAGAACAAUUAAAAAUUUAGGUCCAAUGUGGGUACAUAACGCAUCGAUUUAUGAAUCUUGGAACAAGAAAGUUAUGGACAAAGUAACGAGCCCUCAUGGGAGAGCUGACCAAAUAGUGACCAGAUUUUUAAUGACCAAAUUCAUAGAAUCCACAGUUUAUAGCGAUGUUAUUUCUCCUGAAACCAAGCAAUUUAUACAAAUAUUAUCUAUUAUUGAAUUUAACAAUGAAGAUAAUCAUAAAAUGCAAGGCUUUUUUGUGAAAGUUUUUAAUAUAAAAAAAUGUGCAUAUGGUACAAGGUAUAUAAAAGAAGUUGAGAUAAGCAAUCGACUAAUUUUUAUAAGUGAAUUAAAAUUUGUAAAGCCUGCAACUCUAAUAUGUACGGAAAUAGGGAAAUUUGUUUUUGAACUUCCAAAUUGUUGGGAAACUGACUGA